UAUGAAUCAUAGACUUUAAAAGCUUUUAAAUUAAAUAAAGUCCUUAAAGUGGGAUUAGUAAAUUUUUGGCUUUUAAUUUUUGUUCCAAUCAACCCCUAAGACACUCAAGAAAAGAAGAAGAAGCAUAAAAAGAGGCCUAAAUGCCCAGAGAAUUAAACAAAUGGGCCUUAAUAUAUAAACAAACAUCAAUCUCUCGCCGUCAAAGGUUACAUCUAUCGCCGUCAAAGGUUCCAUCUAUCGCCGCCGCUGAGACCGCCACUUUAGGCCGUCUCGUCCGCAAUCUCCGUAACCAACACCACCCGCAUCGCCUGCGAAUUGAUCGGUGAGGUGGAAGAUGGAGUUUUGUCCCACAUGUGGGAAUCUGUUGCGCUACGAGGGAGGUGGGAGUUCGAGAUUCUUCUGUUCCACAUGUCCAUACGUUGCCAAUAUCGAAAGACGGGUUGAGAUAAAGAAGAAGCAACUUCUGGUUAAGAAAUCUAUAGAACCUGUUGUUACUAAAGAUGAUAUACCCACAGCUGCUGAAACAGAAGCUCCAUGUCCAAGGUGUGGCCACGACAAGGCGUACUUCAAAUCAAUGCAGAUUCGUUCAGCAGAUGAGCCAGAAUCAAGAUUUUAUAGAUGCUUGAAGUGCGAGUUCACUUGGCGUGAGGAAUGAACCGAUGAUCAUCACCUUCUCUGUACCCGCUAAUUUUGCAAUCUUCUUUGAGUUUGUUUUACCAUUACAAAGUUUGUAGUUCCUCUAUGUACUCUGGUUCUUUCUGUCUCAGAGCUCAAGAGUUUCUGUAUUUAAAACAAUCGAUAAAAUUUUGGAAUAUUGUGCAAAGUUUUAAUUUUUGAGGUGAAGAAUGUAAGCAAAUUGAUCUGUUUUGAGAUUUUUAGUAUCAAGACUGCGAUGUAUUUGUUAUUGCAUUGGUAUUUGACUUCUUCCUCUUCCUCUGUU